CCGGCGAGGUUCACUGCGCUUGCGCUGACAGACGCAAGAUGGCGGACAGUGCGGAACUAAAGCAAAUGGUUAUGAGCCUUAGAGUUUCUGAACUCCAAGUACUGUUGGGCUACGCUGGGAGAAACAAGCACGGACGCAAACACGAACUUCUUACAAAGGCCCUGCAUUUGCUAAAGACUGGCUGCAGUCCUGCUGUACAAAUGAAAAUUAAAGAACUCUAUAGGCGGAGGUUCCCCCAGAAAAUCAUGACGCCUGCGGACUUGUCCAUCCCCAACGUACAUUCAAAUCCAAUGCCAGCAACUUUGUCUCCAUCUACCAUUCCACAGCUCACUUAUGAUGGUCACCCUGCAUCAUCACCGUUACUCCCUGUUUCUCUUCUGGGACCUAAACAUGAACUGGAACUCCCACAUCUUACAUCAGCUCUUCAUCCAGUCCAUCCGGAUAUAAAACUUCAAAAAUUACCAUUUUAUGAUUUACUGGAUGAACUGAUAAAACCCACCAGUCUAGCAUCAGACAACAGUCAGCGCUUUCGAGAAACCUGUUUUGCAUUUGCAUUGACACCACAACAAGUGCAGCAAAUCAGUAGUUCCAUGGAUAUUUCUGGGACCAAAUGUGACUUCACAGUGCAGGUCCAGUUAAGGUUUUGUUUAUCAGAAACCAGUUGUCCACAAGAAGAUCACUUCCCACCCAAUCUUUGUGUGAAAGUGAAUACAAAACCCUGCAGCCUUCCAGGUUAUCUUCCACCUACUAAAAAUGGUGUGGAACCAAAGCGACCCAGCCGACCAAUUAAUAUCACAUCACUUGUCCGAUUGUCCACAACAGUACCAAACACCAUUGUUGUUUCUUGGACUGCAGAAAUCGGAAGAAACUAUUCCAUGGCAGUGUAUCUUGUAAAACAAUUGUCCUCAACAGUUCUUCUUCAGAGGUUACGAGCAAAGGGAAUAAGGAAUCCGGAUCAUUCUAGAGCUUUAAUUAAAGAGAAAUUGACUGCGGAUCCAGACAGUGAAAUAGCUACAACCAGCCUAAGGGUUUCUCUGCUAUGUCCACUUGGUAAAAUGCGGCUGACAAUUCCGUGUCGGGCCCUUACAUGUUCCCAUCUGCAGUGUUUUGAUGCAACUCUUUAUAUUCAGAUGAAUGAGAAAAAACCAACCUGGGUCUGUCCUGUCUGUGAUAAGAAGGCUCCGUAUGAACACCUUAUUAUUGAUGGCUUAUUUAUGGAAAUCCUAAAGUACUGUACAGAUUGUGAUGAAAUACAGUUUAAGGAGGAUGGCUCUUGGGCACCUAUGAGAUCAAAGAAGGAAGUACAGGAAGUCUCUGCCUCUUACAAUGGAGUUGAUGGAUGCUUGAGCUCUGCAUUGGAGCAUCAGGUGGCCUCUCAUCACCCGUCCUCAAAUAAAAAUAAGCAAGUAGAGGUGAUCGACCUGACCAUAGAUAGUUCAUCCGAUGAAGAAGAGGAAGAGCCGUCCGCCAAGAGGGCCUGUCCUUCCCUGUCCCCCACGUCACCACUGAAUAAUAAAGGCAUAUUAAGUCUUCCACAUCAAGCAUCUCCAGUGUCCCGCACCCCAAGCCUCCCUGCUGUAGACACGAGCUACGUCAACACAUCCCUCAUCCAAGACUACAGGCAUCCGUUCCACAUGACACCCAUGCCUUACGACUUACAAGGAUUAGAUUUCUUUCCUUUCUUAUCAGGAGACAAUCAGCAUUAUAACACCUCCCUCCUUGCCGCCGCAGCAGCCGCCGUUUCAGAUGAUCAAGACCUCUUACACUCGUCUCGGUUUUUUCCAUAUACCUCCUCACAGAUGUUUCUUGAUCAGUUAAGCGCAGGAGGCAGUGCCUCUCUGCCAACCACCAACGGGAGCAGCAGCGGCAGUAACAGCAGCCUCGUCUCCUCCAACAGCCUGCGGGAGGGCCACGCGCACGCCGUGGCGAGCAGAGGCGGCGCGGACGCGGCGUCCAUCUUCGGCAUCAUCCCCGACAUCAUCUCACUGGACUGAUCGCCUCGCCCUGCCGCUCCCGUGCCCGCGCCAGGUUAAGGAACUUUGGCAGAAAGAAGAGAACUUUGUGCGAUGUUUUACCUUAUUCUGUUUAGAAAAGUACACAAGCGUGUUUUUUUCCUUUUUUUAGGGAAAAAGUUAAAAGAAAUGUACAGAGAACAAAACUAUAUUUUCAGUUUUACUUUUGUAUAUAAAUCUAAGACUGCCUAUCUGAUAAAACACUUGUAAAAAAAAAAAGGAAAGAAAAGAAAAAAAGAAAAAAAAAGCAAGUACCCACAAACCACCUUCAGUUCAUUUUUUCCUGGAUUCUGAAGAUUUUUUUCAUCAUUUGUCCUAUGGUUUUGGUUUUAUUUUACUUCAAUGGCAUUAUUUUAUUUGCAAUAACAAAAGGAAUUGCAUGUAUGAAGUUUUAAAUUGUGGGCUUUUCUUUGUUGUGGGGAGGGGGCUGGGGGGAUAGUUUUAAUUUCCAUUUUCUAAAAAUGACAGACUGGGGUUCUGUUUGUGUGGGUGUGCAUAUUUUAUCCAGCCUUAAGUUAUAAAUCUCAUCUGUCCCACUGCAUUCCCGUUGUAUUUUCAGGACAUAGCUCGUGGGUGGGUGUGUGUUCGGUUUGUGUGUCCGUGUGUAUUUUUCUGUCAUUACUGUUCCUUCUCCCAAGUUUGCAUUCAGUUGCCUGCUUCCUUCAAAGUGCUCUGAAGGUCUUGAACUCACAUCUGCGCAUCUUUAUUGACUAUCCCAAUUGCAUGUUGUCCAUCACAUAUUCUCUCUUAUUUGCUCGAUAUCCCUGAGAAAUGUUUUAGAGGUUGGAGUAAAACUGUGUGGGUAAGGAGAGGGCUUUGCAGACCUGUGAGAAAUACACUUUCGACUAGUUCUUUAUUCUAAAUUUGGAUUGCCAGUAUUAUGUAUUUAAACCAAGUCUGUGAACACCUGCUUUUUUGGCCACAGGGUAACAAGUUUUCUUGUGAGAUCUUCAUGCCAAAGUAGGAAGUAAAAAUAGCUUAGAAAGCACUGUUGGGUGUCUUGAGCAGCUGACAGAGGUAAGGUUCCAUCACCUCAGAAAAGAAAAGAAAAGAAAAGAAAGUCGGUUAUCUGAAAAGUAAAUUCUGUUAGGGAAAUGCAAUGCACCACACACGUCAAUCUGUAGAAAUUCCUAUCUGAGAAACAGUUGAAAUUCAUGAUGGGCUUGAUCCCUAGUCGUUGUUUCUCCCUGGUUCUGAAUGUACUUAUUUUCUUAGCCUAGCUAUAUGGUUUGUUUUAUUUUUUUCCUCACCUUUUAAAGGAAAGCAUGACAUAGGAAAGUCAAGUUCUUUUUAGAAUUCAUGAAUCUGAUCUAUUAGUAAUAAUGGAGCAUGUAAAUAUUAAAAACUGUUUUUCAGGCGAUGAGUGAGGGUUAGAGGGAAGGAAAAGUGGUUCUACUUGUGUUCCAAAAUCCUCAGUAAAGAAGGUAUUAUGUUCUUCAGGGAAGAGCUGAAGGUGUUUAAAAUAUUUUUUUAGCUGAUUGAGGAGUAUAGCAGGUUUAACAGAAAAGAUAAGGGGCAUAAUGAUUAGCAGCUUUCCUGAUGAUUUUUAUAUCAACUGUUAAUGUUCUCAGAGUUGUUCUUAGAGUUGAUGAAGGACCACCUUUGUGUAUAAAACUGUCAUUUUAGACUUUGCAGUGGUAACAAAAUGACCUACUUUAAUCCAAGUAGAAUUCAAGAUGGCUGAAUCUUCAGUUUGUGAAGAAUGAAUGGUUCACAUGACUGUGUGGCAUCUAAAAAUAAUGCGUUUUUAUAGCAUCUCUCUGCCACUAAAUUGUUGACUUGAAUUUUAAAAAACAAGUUGGUGUUGAUAUGUAUAUGUGUGUGUGUGUAUAUAUGUAUUUAUAGACAUGUGUGUAUGAGUGACAAGUGAGUUAUAUAGUCUUCCCCUACGCAUGUGUAUUCCACACAAACAUGGCUGAGUUAUAGUCACUAAAUUUGCAAUAAAAAGUUCAUUGUUGGUUAAAACAGCAAAUAGUUUUUAAAUAAAUCUGAGUAAACACUUUAAGAACUCUCAUUGCCAUAGACUAAUAUCUAAUAGUAUAAUUUGUGUCUAAGUUCAGAUUGGGGUAGAAAUUACUUAAAUUGUGGGGAAUUGCUUUUUAUUUCACAUUUAGUAGGAAACAUUUCUAUUCAACUACCUAAGAUAAAACAAAUAGUUUGGGGUUUUUUUUGUCAUUAGUUGUCUCAAAGUUCUGAUCAAUAACUUUGUGUAUGAUGCUGAAUUACAAACUCUUAUCCAGUUGAAAACCCAUCCCUGUACUUGCUUCAGUCCCAUUUUAGAGAUGUUUAAUUUCCCUCCAUGUCCCCCAUUAUACCAACCUAAGGGAAGAACAGGUAAUAGAACUAAAUGUCUUGUCUUGUGGCUUUGCUCACGUCUCCACAGGAGAAACUAACCGUUGGAUUGUCUUUUCGUUUUAGUUCACUCCACUCUAAGGAGUAUGUUUCCUUCAGUUGUUGACUUUCCAGAAUGUUGCAUUAGUAGUGGCUGUUACUCCGUUCUCAUGGCUGAUACUAGCCACUCAGACUUUCAUGAUCUGCAGUAAUUAUUAGUAGAGUUAUGCACUGCAUCUUUAUCUUCUCUAAGUUUCACAAAAAGCUCGUAGGCAUUUCAUCUCUUUCUUGCCUUAGCCGACCCUCCCUCCCCCCACCCAUGCCAACACUGACAUGCUGUCUGCGGACAGUAGCAAUUCUCAGAAUUUCUAGGCGAGUUGCCACCAUCCCCCUUGCCUUGGUCUUUCAUACUAGGUGUCAUAUGUUUGCGUUUCUGUAAGUACUGUCUGUGUGUAUACAUACAUAUGCAUAUAUGCACACACAUCUUUGAUAAAAUUGCUGUUUGACUAGCAGGGUUGAAGUGGCUUUUAAUUAUUUUAUGGGCAUUAUUGGACACAUCUUUUUAAAACAGUCUGAACCUUAACUAUACCACACUUGGUUGACUAAUUUUUUGAACAUUAAAACUUUUUUACAUAUGUUGAUUUAGACAUUAUCGCAAUACAUCAUUACUGACUUAGGAAAGAUUCACAUAAGCAUCUGAAAAAUGUAGUUUCUUCGCAGAUUUUCCUUUAAGUCAAAUGUCUGAAGCUCAAUGAAAAUACAUCCCAAUAUUUAAUUACUAAUCGUGGAAAGAGCAUUGUUUUUAAACAGUUCCUAAUUUUAAGUACAUAAAACACUUCAAGAUCUUCGGGACUUUAAGGCAUAUGUGAAAUUAGUAAGGAUUUUGUUUUAUCAAUAUAUGUUGAAUUCUGUUUUUUAAUUUAAAGAAAACACAAAGCUUAGAUUUCAGAAAGAAGGAGGGAGAAUAGCUGGUGGUCCCAGAAUGUGCUGCUGUUAAUUGUUUAAUUAACAAAGGGGAAAAUGUAUAUAAACAGAUAUAAAAGUUACCAUAAAUUCCAUGAAACUUAAAUCUGUGAUUCAUUGCCUUAAAACUUUCUCUCUUAGAAUUCCCAUACCGCAUGCCAAACCAGUAAAAUGGCUUUUAAAAAUGUAUAGUAGACCAAUGUCAGUUUGUAUAAAAGUACCAAGUGAAAAUAUUUAUUACAUGCAUUGGAAAAAAAAAUUGUUUACCUAUUGAAUGUUACCUGUUUAUGUAGAGCUCUUUAGAUGUAAUAAAAGAAAAGCCUUCAGUUAA